GCUCCUAAUUUCAACAUCCCUCUGAGGAAAGUCCCUUUGAAGAAAAAAUCUGGGACUGUUCCUGGAUCGACCGGGGAUCAGGCUGAUGGAUCAACCACCUCAUCUCAGUCUCAUCCCAAGAGACAACAGUCAUCACCACCUCACCAACCCCUCUCACAGUCAUCCCCCUCGCAACAACCGCCAUCAUCUCAACCCCAGCAACUGCCACUUCAAGAGCAACAAAACCAGCAACAACAACAGCCGCCGCUUCAACAGCAACAGAACCAACAACAACGACAACCUCCGCCACCCCCUCCUGGGAAGAACCUCCAACACACCAAAACCAUAGCCUCGGCCUCCUCAAAAGCUGACGAUCGUCAGAAAAUUACUGACCGCCAACACAAGUCUGACGAUCGUCAAAAAACCUCGGACCGCCCGCAUAAAACCAACGACCCUUCUCAGAAAACUGCAGCUCGAACCUCUGAUGAAUGGAUUCAGGGCCUGGAGUUUAUCUUUGAGGUCAUGGACUGCCCCGAUAGAUAUCGCGUAAUCUGCGCUCAGCUUCAGCUCACUGGUGAUGCUCGGCUCUGGUGGAAUGCCUACUGGAGCAUGCGUCCCAGUGAAAAAGCGGGAUGUACGUGGGACAUGAUCAAGGAGCUAGUCCGCGAAAAGUACUACCCCUCCUACUAUCGGGCAGAGAUGGAGCGUCAGUUCUUAGCGCUCCAGCAGGGCACUCGUACGGUUGACGAGUACGAGCGAGAGUUCACUAGACUUGCAGCUUUUGUCCCGGACCUGGUUCGCACGGAGGCUCAGAGAGCGCAGCGGUUCAUCGACGGGCUUUACCCAGCAGUCCGUCAUAACAUCGUGGGACACGGGACUCAGACCUACGCUCGUGCAGUUUCUAUCGCCCAGGAGGUGGACGCUAGCAUCAGGAGGGAGGCCGUCCGUGAUCGUGCCCAGUCAUCUGUCCCAGUUCAGCCAUUCGCAGCUCCACCAGCCCAACCAGCUGCUCAGCCGGCAAAGGAGAAGAAGAGGAAGGGGAAGGGUGCACAGACUGAUAGGAGGACCCGACAAGGACAGCAGCCGAUUCCACCGUGCCCGACUUGCGGACGACUUCAUCGGGGAGA